AUGGCACCCCUGUCAGUUAACGGCUCCCAGAAGCCUGGCGCGACAGACACCACGGCGAUGGAACAGAACAUAGGCCAGGCCACCUCCGUCAUAUUACCACUUCUCGAGUUCGGCGCUCUGGGGUACGAGACAUAUGUCGUAGUCUACUUAAUAUGCGUCCAGUACCUCAUAACCCCUUCGGAAGACAUCCAACAAGACUUCGGCAUUCGGCCGCGACGCUCCACCGGAAUCGCACUCAUAGUCGUCUACGCUAUCCUACUCCUCCUCCUUAUGGUAGCAUGGCUGCGCCUAUUACAACUGGUCUGGUCAAAGCCAGACCUUAUACCUCUGGGUAACCCUACGGUGGACAAGGCAGAUGCGAGUACGAAGGGCUUCGGGUUCGAUCAGUACGAUGCAUACAUUUGCGAUUACCAGGGGGUGCCACUUUGGUGCGAGAGGUGUCACAAUUGGAAGCCGGAUAGGGCACAUCAUUGCAAGGAACUGGGACGCUGCGUGAAAAAGAUGGAUCACUACUGCCCAUGGGCCGGUGGAAUCAUAGCGGAGACUACGCACAAGUUCUUUAUGCAGUUCGUGGCGUAUGCAUCGCUAUACACGACGUUCACUUGGAUUGUGGUGGCCAUUUUCUUUGCGGAAAGGAGUUCCAAGAUGGGCUCACGGCCAGGGACAUGGAUCGGCGCGCUCGCAACAGCUGUGCUCUUCAGCAUCUUCACCUUCACAAUGACCUGUAUGACAGGCUGGAAUCUGAUGAUCAACUUCACCUCUGUCGAAGGCAUCCAGCGCGGCGGCAUCCACAACAUCGCCUUCCUCAUAUCGAACCCCUCCCCGAACCCCGAUACCGCUGCUCCACUUACUGCGACACCAACGACGUCAUCCAGUAAACAUCAUAAAAAGAAGUCUAGCAGAGACGUGGCCGAAGAGAAGGAACUCGACAAGGAGGACUGGCCCGUUCUCACUACCAUCACCCGCCUGCCGAACCGCUCGUAUGUCGUCAUGCAGACCAAGCCCUUGGAACACCCCUGGUAUACUACACUCCUGCAGGGCUGGAAAGACACCAUGGGCACGAACAUAAUAGACUGGCUAUUGCCCUUUCGCCAAUCUCCAUGCAAACAAAAAAGCCAUCGUGGAGAGUUUGAGUGGGGUGAAGUGGUAUACGACAUGGCGAAGAUGUACGAGAAGAAGAAUCCAGGAGCCAGUCUUGCUAUUCUCGACGAGACUAGGAGGUCAAGAAGAUGA